AAAAUCCAUUUUCUUCUGAGGAGGGUGCACAGUAUUGCCUUGGGUUCCUGGACCUGAUAACAUGGCAAAAGAUGUGUGGUGUCGCUGGUGGCUGUGCACCCAUCCACGGUGAACACACUUGGAAAGCAGCUCUUGCCAAAAACCUUUGGACAGUCCAAUGUCAACAUCACACAGCAAGUGUGCCAUGGAAGGAUACAGUUUUUCCUUGUCUGUCUCAUUAAAUGAAGUCAGUCCAGACAUGGGAUGGUAACGCUGGCGGCCAUGGAGGUGCCUCUGCAAUGUGGACACCACUGUGUUCUCCGCACAAGAGCCGGCCAUGUCUGUUCUGGCCUGCCUGGGCUGGCUGCGGCUUCUUGAUGCUUUUGCCAAGUGAAGAAGAUACCCAAGCUAGAGGUGAUUGGUACGCCUCAGAGACCAGCAGCAUCAAACACUAUUGUGGUAGGAAGCCCACACACCCCCAGCACUCACUUUGUGUCCCAGAACCAGCCGUCUGACUCCUCACCUUGGUCUGCUGGGAAGCGUAACAGGAAAGGUGAAAAGAAUGGCAAGGGCCUGCGGCAUUUCUCUAUGAAGGUGUGUGAGAAGGUGCAGAGAAAGGGGACCACCUCCUACAACGAGGUGGCUGAUGAGCUGGUGGCAGAGUUCAGUGCUGCUGAUAACCACAUCCUACCAAAUGAGUCAGCUUAUGACCAGAAGAACAUCCGGCGGCGUGUCUAUGAUGCCUUAAAUGUGCUGAUGGCCAUGAACAUCAUCUCCAAGGAGAAAAAGGAGAUCAAGUGGAUCGGCCUGCCCACCAACUCUGCUCAGGAGUGCCAGAACUUAGAGGUGGAGCGGCAGCGGAGGCUGGAGAGGAUCAAGCAGAAGCAGUCCCAGCUUCAGGAGCUUAUCCUGCAGCAAAUUGCCUUCAAGAACUUGGUGCAGAGAAACCGCCAGGCAGAGCAGCAGGCCCACCGACCACCCCCACCUAACUCAGUCAUCCACCUGCCCUUCAUCAUUGUCAACACCAGCAGGAAGACAGUCAUUGACUGCAGCAUUUCCAAUGACAAAUUUGAGUACCUGUUCAACUUUGAUAACACGUUUGAAAUCCACGACGACAUUGAAGUGCUCAAGCGAAUGGGCAUGGCAUGUGGGCUGGAGUCAGGGAGCUGCUCUGCCGAAGACCUCAAAAUGGCAAGAAGCUUGGUACCAAAAGCUCUGGAACCAUACGUGACAGAAAUGGCUCAGGGAUCCAUUGGUGGGGUGUUCAUCACGACAUCAGGCCCUGCCUCCAAUGGGACACGGCUUUCUGCCAGUGACUUGAGCAAUGGUGCCGAUGGAAUGCUAGCCACAAGCUCCAAUGGGUCCCAGUACAGCGGCUCCAGGGUGGAGACCCCUGUGUCCUACGUUGGGGAGGAUGAUGAUGAUGACGAUGACUUCAACGAGAAUGAUGAAGAAGACUGAGUUCCCGACUUGCAGAUACUUUCCCCUCCAAAUUCAGCUUCAGGAAAAUGUGCUUAGAGAAGACAAACUUGUUUUUUAUUAUUGUGGGUUUUCUGUUUGUUUUUGGCUUACUCCCAAGAAGACAUUGUAAGCUGUGGAGUUGAGAUGCACACUUCCAAUAAGCAGGAGUCGUUGGUGGGUAUGGGGCGUGUGGCUGUGCGCCUUCCAUGCCAGUGUGCCGGUGCAGGGCCUCUGCUUACUCUAGGAUUCUGUGUUUUCACUUUGUUUUUAAAUCCAGAGUCAUUUUUGCCCCCUCAGCAAUUCUUACUGGGUUUGCUGUGGAAUCGUCCUGCACCCACCAGGGACGGGUGGUGUGCCCCUUGCCUCCUGGGGUCCCCACCGCGCGUUAACGCCUCACUGAGUGCUGGGUGGCCCCCUUGUGGGCGGUAUCAGGCUCCAGGGUUAGUUUUUCAUUCUUUAAAUCAUGCAGUGUCCAAAGAACCAAGCAGAUAGCAAAGCUCUACAUUUUAAACAGUAAGCGCCAUAAAUUUUAUUAUGACUAUUUUUCCUUAAAUUAUAUUGACUGUUGUGGUCCCAUCAGGUUUGAAGGCUUUUUUCCUCUAUUUCAACAACAAAUUGCAAAGUACUUUUUUUGUUUGUUUUCGCUUUGUUUGGUAAAGGUUUACUGCCAUGCUGGCGCAGUUAUGGAAACUGUCUGGAAGGUUUAUUGCUUAUGGUAAAAUUUGCCUGAUUUCUUACAGGCAAUGUUCGGAAACUUUUUAUUAUAUAGUUGUUUACAUACUUAUAAGUCUAUCAUUUAAAGACAUGUACUGAAACAAAUGUUGUAUUUGUUUCACGAGCAUCUUCCUGUAAUCUAUUAUAAAGUUGAAAUUAAACAUAGAGAAUGUUUUAACAGUUUUUUAACUCAAAAUUUGUCAAUCAUUUUUAAUAGUUCUUUUUUUAUAAAAAGAAAAAGGAAUUUAAGGACAGGCAGUAGUCUCUUAAAAUUUAUUCACAAAAAAACCGUUAACUGCACAGUUGCUGUCAGCUGCCUGUUCUAAACGAUAGUCUUUUUAUUGAAACACAAAUAAACUUUUCUGUAAUAUUUUAUGGAAUAUAAAGAGACUUUAAUUGUUUGACUUGUUUAACUUGGCACUGUUAGUUUUUAUUAAUAAAACGCGCAUGGGCAUUUUAAACAA